UGAAGAUUCCUCGCUUCCUGUUUUCUCUUUCUCAGACAGCAGUGACGCAGGAGGAGGAGGUUCAGGACGCACGGUGUGUUGUUGUGGAGAGUGGAGAGUGGAGAGUGGAGCGCGCGUUGCCGAUGGCGAUCCAAACCGUGCGUCAAAGUUUAACUCAAACAAACCGAGGGAUAAAGACCGCAGAGCAUAGCGGAAAACAACACAGCGCAACUGAACAGCGCCUCAAGUGACUCCGCAUAGAAAUAAUAUCCUUGAGUUUCAUAAAGACAUCUGAGAAUGGAGAGCAGCAGUGGAGGGGAGGAGCUGAGUGAAAGUACCUCUCUCCUCCAAACCACCCAGACCCACCCCCUCAUGACUCCAGAGGAAAAACUGCAGCACUACGACAAGUCUGCUCAGACCCAUGAAGACAGCAAACAGUACGAUGCUUGCAUACAGGACCUGGUGCGAUGCUUGGCUUUGGUAAAGCUGGUUUAUGGAAAUAACCAUUUAAAACUGGCCCAAGCCCACAGCCGCUUGGCCAAAGCCUACCUCCAGUUUAAAGAUUGGGCUCUCCAGGCUUUGGACCACGUCUCCUCAGCUCGUCAGGUCCUCAGCCUCUGCUCUGGGGACAGACAGAAGCUCAGACUGUGCCACCUGAACCUCUGCCUCACUCAUGGACAAGCUGCUCUGCUCACUGACAAUGUGUGUGAGGCGGAGACUGUGUUCCUCCAGGCAGAGCAGCUGCUUGGGCCCCUGUGUGAGAGCAGGGCCCUCCUCCAAGAGCAGAGGACCCAGACUGAACUGGAGAUCUGCACCGGCCUCUACAGGGUGUACAGGAGACAGGGUAAGCCCAAGGAUGCUCUGUCUCAGUGUGAGCGCUCCCUGCAGCUGCUGAGGGACAUGAGCCAGGAGGACAGGAGCUGGUCUGUGUACAGAGACAUGUCCCACAUCCAUGAGGACCAGGGGCAUGUGGACACAGCCAUAGACCUAAUGUCCAAAGCCCAUUCCAUCGCUCUGACCCAGACCCCCCCAGAGCAGAGGGAGGGGGCCGCCCUCUCCCACAGACUGGCUCUGCUCAUGUCCACUUCAGCUAACAGCCAGCACAAUGAGAGUGCUGGGGACCACUUUGAGCAGAGCCUGUCCUUGUACCAGAGCAGUGUGGGAGAGGGGGACCCGUCUUACCUCUCUGCUCUGGACGACUACUGCCGUUAUCUGCUCCUGCGAGGCCAACAUGAGAGGUGCAUGGAGCUCCAGAGGGCCUCACUCCCCUCUAAAUGUGCCCAGUUUGGUGAGCUCAGCGCUGGGGUGGCAGACACACUCCAGCUCAUUGCGAGUGUGGAGAUGAACAGAGGACAGCUGAGCCAGGCCUACAGGAGUAUGAGCCAGUGCUUGGAGAUCCAGAGUGUCCUGUUCGGUCCACACCACAAGAAAACCAGAGCGUCUCAGAAGGCAGUGGACAUGUUGGCUUGGACUCCAGAGGUGACUGAGAGACUGCAGAGACGACACCAAAGCAAAGUCCACCUGAGGACAUCUGAGGAUACCUGAGGAUAUCUGAGUACAUCUGAGGACAACUGAAGGACACCCGAGAACAUCUGACGACAACUAAGGGCACCUGAGGGCAAAUGAGGAUAUCGGAGGACAUCUGAACAACCCCUGAGGAUACCUGAGGACAUCAGAAGGACACCUGAGGGCACUUGAGGACAUCUGAGGAGAAUGAGAAAAACUUGUAUGUGUCCUCUAUCUGCAGGUCAAGGCACUGCAACACAGGUUCAGUUGUGAUUGUAAUGCCUCUUUUAAAAAACAGUAAUAGAUAAAUCUCAAAAUAAUAGAUGAUGCACACACUUCCUUUAAGUCUUAGAGUAACUUCCUACAAAAAUGCUACUAUCUAGAUAACAGUAAUAUAUUCUUGUUUAAAAUGAUAAAAGAGCACUGUAAAAAACCAAAAUUGUGUACAUUCAUGUUUUAUUCUCAUUAAAGACAUUCUGAAAUGGC